AUGCUCCCAACGCGGCUCCUCAGCGUGUACGAGGAGUACAAAAAGGACACGAACUCUGUUGCCGCAUGGCUCGCUUCAACUUCGCGGGCUGCAGGCUGUCCAUUGUCCCUACUCACCGACUGUCCUCCCGCUUCUGGUCGUCUCAAGGGUAAAGAGAGGAAGCUAGCCAAGUUGAAGAAGCUAUCCCAAGACAGUAACAAAUACAUCAUUCCUGUCAGCAAGUUUAUCCCUCUUGCCGAAUACGUCACGUCUCAGAAAAGCCCAGCAAUACCGGUGCCUGCUUGCGUCAUUUCAGCUAUAGAGAGAGCCAUCAGUGCAAGAGCAGGUUUUGCUACGCAGCUUUCUCAUCAAGGAGAGACUUUGGACGCCGAGAAAGAUGAAAAACACUCCCACUUCGUCACUGUCUUGAAGCGCACCCGAGAUAUCCUCCGCUCGAAAGCGACUAUGUCACCGCCUCCAGCUUCUGCCCCCCACUCAGCUUCGGAAAAAGCUAUACCAGACGCAGCCAGCAUUAAUCGAUUCGCCUCGCUCGAGAUAAACCAACCUUCAAAAGAGUUCACAGACAUGAUGGGGAUCGAAAGACCUGAGCCUGUCGUAGACGACCCGAACGUCUACGAAGCUGAACAGACAACAACCUUCCGGGAUGCAAGAGACUUUGCCUUCAUGCUGUCUGGAGAUCUAAACGCCAUCCGCGAUGAGAUUGUCUCUAACUGGCGUCGCUUCACGGACGAUGAAUGGGACCUUUGCGCCGCCGCAUUAGCUUCAAACACUGGGCUGGACCUUGCCAGAUUUAUUAUCCACCAAGCUGAACCCGUUUUUGAGCCUCACGGUGGCAUCGUCAAAUUUUUCGAGUUCUUCAACGAGUGGUUGUAUGAAUUAGUAAUCGACCUGGACCUUUUGCCCGUUGAUGAACUCAGACAACGUUUCUACUUGUGUGCGAAGUCAGGUUUAAGAAUUGGCCUGGACCUCGUUAAAAAUAUCGGACCAGUUCCUCCGUGUCUCGCAAACUACGACCCCACAGCCUCCCGAGACCAACUGUCUGACGAUGAAAUGAUAACAGAUGAUUUUGGGUUUGUGGGAAACUUGGUUUUGUCGUCGGCCAGUCUGAACCGCCAUGUCGAGGGCUUCCCAGUCUUCGAUGAGUUCACUCGUGAAGUCGGACGUGUCUUGGAAUCCGAGCAGAUGACUUUCUUCUUGUUGUUUGCUGGCCAGGUUUUUCUUGAUAUCAAUCAUCAUAUCCGAAAGGAUGCCCUUAAAGCUUUUGACAAGAUGCAACAAGAGCUAGAAUCAAUUGAGAGCACUCUUGAAUCACUUCUCACUGUCACCAAGCAGGCAUCUAAGAUCCAUACGGAAAUGAUACGCAGGAUCCAGGAACCGCUGAGGUUUAUUAAACAGGACGAACUUUUUGAAAUCGGCGACAGACUUGCCAGGGAAAUGAACAUGCAGCCACCUCUCUCAUGUGAGAGACACCUUCUUUACAAACUAUCGCCUGUUUUAUGCGGUCUGGUUAUCUUCCAUUUCCGAGCAAGAUUAUAUGACUUUAGCACUCGUCCCGGCGCAAUCACAAUGAUCCAAGAUGUCGCCCACCUUUACCAUGCUCUACAUUCCGAAGAUAUGCUCGAUUCAGACUGGGAAGACUUGGCAGAGAUAGAGAAUAGACUCGGUCUUGGCGCUAUUUUCAAUUCCGAAUCCAACUUCGACAGACCAAGCGGCACGAGAGCGAUUGUUAGGUCGCUUGCUCUCCAGAAAGGAACAUCUGUUUCUGCCUUGAAAAGGAUGAUGAAUCUUUCCGAUGGAUCGUUGCAAGUAUCUUUCCCAAGACGCACCAAAAAAGCCUUAUGGUCACAAAUUCCUCUAUCCGUCUUCUUCACAGACAGAUAUGUGCUGGAUUCGGGGCGAAUCGAUAUGAGGCCAGAAGAUGUGGAAAGGCUCCUCUCCCUUAGCAAAUUCGGGUCAGUACAUGGCGGCAAUGGACAUGACCCUUGCAUUGUCGCGACCAACACAGCACAAGGUAGACGUCCUGGGAGUGCUUCAACCCCCACUAAACACGCGAAACUCUUUCCACAUGUUCUCAUUAAAGAACUCGGUCAUGAGUUGAAUAAAGAGAGUGCCGUAAUUGCAUUCCCAUAUUUGGUAGUGGAGAAUCUCUGCUUUGAGUUCCUCCGAGACCUUAGCACAUCUCCCAAUCUUUGGGCUAUGCAGCAAAUUAACUCUGGUCGGUUUGGACUACCCGAUUCUCCGGAACAUACCGUCUUGUUUAUUCUUUUAUGCAAUCUUCAUCAAUUGCCAAUCAACAAAGAAGUAUACAAGAUAGCCGCAGACUCGUUUCGCAGUAAGCUGUCUACUUGCUGGGGAAGGGCAGGUCUCGACAAGAUGUCCGAAACAUAG